GAGACCAUGGAGCAAGGCACGGUUUAGAAGCUCUUGGGUGAAGGCAAAUAGGUUAUCAAGAAAGUGGCAUCUGAAAAAUCCAGGGGCUAAGUAUAGGUAGAGCAACUUUCCUGCAAGGAAAAUCACAAUUGCUGCAGUGGCUCCUCCCCACUUCCCUGCCCGAGGAGGCACCGAGGGGCUGCAGGAUUGUGCCCUUCUUUUUCUUCAGAGGAACCACUGUCCCUGUGAUCUUAGUAGGCAUUACCUGUGAUUUGCCUACUCACCUGCCUGCUGCUGCCCUGAGUUGCCAGGGGCCUGCAGAAGAUGAAGGUGUUUGUGCUUCUCUCCCUCCUUGGCUACCUGGUGGCACCAAGUGGCACUUCUGUUAUGGGGCGCUGCACAGUGGCUAAGAAACUCUAUGAAGGAGGGCUGCAUUAUUUUGAGGGCUACAGGCUGGAAAACUGGGUGUGCCUGGCUUAUUUCGAGAGCAAGUUCAACCCCACUGCUGUCUACGACAACAUGCAUGGUGACUUCACUGGCUUCGGCCUCUUUCAGAUCCGCAACAAUGACUGGUGUGACCAUGGCAAGAACCUGUGCCACAUGUCAUGCGCUGAUUUACUGAAUCCAGAUUUAAAGAAGACCAUUGAAUGUGCCAAGAAAAUUGUAAAAGGAAAAGAUGGGAUGGGAGCAUGGCCCUCCUGGUCCUUGAACUGUCAGUACGCUGACACUCUGUCACGGUGGCUGGAUGGAUGCAAGCUGUAGCUGCAGGGCGGCCCUCCAAACUCUCCCCAUCGCAUCUGCUGAUGAAGGUGCUUUUCUCUUUGCUGCCUUGACGCGAUUCUGUUGAUUAUCUGACCGUUUCACAGCUCCAGAUGGAAAAGAACCCAAAUUUGCUUCAUCCAGAGAAGCAGGGUGCAGAAUAAACCAGCAAGUUAUCCAACCUGGGUCACGGGUCUCCACUCGUAUUCUUAUAUUGUGGUGGUUAUUCUGAUGACCGUGACCGUUACCAUGGUUUAUUAUUUAAUCUCAGAGGGAGGAUUUGAAGAUAGGAAGCUAUCUGGAAAACAAGCUAGUUCACGAAAGUCAAUAUUAACUAGGGAAACGAGGAAGAUAUGUUGACACACACAAAUCCAAGUGAGGAACCCACAAAAUCCUCUGCAUGUCUAUGGAGAAGACCCAGAGACGGUUGCUCUUUUUACAAGGUUUUCAACAUUAUCAAUAACACGUAUUCACAUUGGAGAAAUUUUGAAAAACACAGAAACAUAAAAGGGAGAUGCCCUCCCAGGAUGGG